AGGAGUACAAAUUACCAAGAAACAUAAAAAAAAUCUUGGAAAACCUGAUUUAACGGGAAAAGAUGGGAGAACAGCACAUUCUAGCUAUCCCUUAUCCGGCUCAAGGUCAUGUAAUUCCCCUAAUGGAGCUUUCCUUGCAAUUAGUUAAGCAGGGUUUUAAGGUUACAUUUGUCAACACUGAGUUCAUACACAAGCGCAUUUUGAGUGCAUUACCAAAGGAAGAUAAUGUAGAAGAGCUUAUAAAUAUGGUUUCACUCCCGGAUGGAAUGGAACCUUGGGAAGAUAGGAGUGAUCUUGGCAAGCUAUCACAAGACAUUUUCAGAGUCAUGCCAGGAGAGCUUGAGGAACUUGUUAAGGAUAUAAAACGGACAGAUGACAGUGAAAUUACAUGCAUUAUUGCUGAUGAAAAUAUGGGGUGGGCACUGGCAGUUGCAGAAAGAAUGAAGAUUAAGAGUGCAGCUUUCUGGCCUGCAUCAGCUGCAUUAUUGGCCUCGAUAUUUAGCAUCCCAAAUUUGAUUCAAGAUGGAGUUCUGGACAGUGAUGGAACUAUUUUAAGACGCGACACGAUUACUCUGGCCUCAGCAAUGCCUGCCAUGAAACCUGAACAAUUUUCUUGGACCUCUCUUGGUAACUCUAACACUGAGAGAAUCAUCUUCAACCUUCUGGAAGAAACUAACAGAACUGUGAAAUUAGCAGACAGGGUCAUUUGCAACACAUCCUAUGAGCUAGAGCCUGCUGCAUUUGGCUUAUUUCCAGAAAUCUUGCCAAUUGGCCCGCUUCUUGCAGAGCACCGGCUAGGAAAAUCAAAAGGCUACUUUUGGCCGGCUGAUGCAAGCUGCCUAACAUGGCUAGACCAACAUCCAGAACAAUCAGUUAUAUACGUAGCAUUUGGAAGUUUCACAAUUUUUGACCAAAAACAAUUAGAAGAACUGGCUCUUGGACUUGAGGUCACCAGAAGGCCAUUCUUGUGGGUUGUUCGUCCUGAUACUAUGGACGAGAAGUCUGAGGUGUUCUUGAAAGCAGUAAUGGCUCGAGUAGGCAAGCGUGGGCGAAUGGUGGGAUGGACUCAUCAGCAGGCCGUGUUAAAUCAUCCUUCCGUAGGCUGUUUCAUAAGUCAUUGCGGUUGGAAUUCCACAAUGGAAGGUGUGAGCAAUGGCGUGCCAUUCCUGUGCUGGCCUUACUUUGCUGAUCAGUUUCUUAACCAGACCUACAUUUGCGACGUUUGGAAGGUUGGCCUGGGCCUUGAUAAAGAUGAAACUGGGAUCAUCACUAGAGGAGAAAUCACCAGUAAAGUGGAAAAGUUGUUACAUGACAAGGCAUUCAAAGAGAGGGCCUUGAUCCAUCAAAAUAUUGUUACAAGUGGUUGCCAAGACAACGGUUGCUCUAACACAAAUAUGACCGACUUCAUUAAAUGGUUAAAAAUGUGACAGAGAUGCCUCUUAAGCAUUUCGAAUGUGGCUCUUUAUGUUACAACUUCAUUACUUUUCAAGGCUAGUAGCCCUUCAUAAUUCCUUAUUUUCCGGGCAAACCGAUGCACGCAUUGUUAUAUUGGAUAC